GUGGCGGUAGAUCGCUUUGAUCCCGGGAUCGUAGUGUGCGCUGCUGCUGGGUGUGCGUGUGUGUACUAAAAACGUCAUCGGUAGCUGUCAAGGUUGCUUGUCGCACGCACCGAACGCUAUUGAGGAGUGGUAGUAGGCGCAGAUUGUUCUAAGUGUUGCGCUCCGUGGUGUGUUAUCAGUGCGUUUUGUGCCCCGCGCGCGCCGCGCCCAACACAAACAGACCUCCUUUCCGCUCCUUUCAAACCUCUUCCCAGUUCAUCCACUUCCUCGCGAUUCUGUAGUGCAUUGCCGUUGCUGCUGCUGCUGUUGUUACUGUUGCUGAAGGUUGUAGACGAGACAAGAAACAGCGGAGCGGAGCGGAAGGAAGAGCACUCCACAUGCCUCCCUUGACAGCUCAUCUUCUGGUGGCUCAUCUCGUUGAAAUUCUAUUCUAAAACCGCCAGCAGCAGCAGCAGCAGCAGCAGCAGCACAAAGCAGCCGGGAGAGGAAGCUAAUCUCUCGCGUAGUAAUUAGCCAGCAAGCAAGCAGCCAGCUAGCCAGCGAGCCGUAUGGCGAGGGCCACACACCACAGUGACAAUCCGGGGCCACGGAUUCCGGGCCUUUUCUGUACAUCUUUCUUCGUCCAGUUCAGUUCCCUUAAGAUCAGUGAUCUGUGAGUGAGCGCACGCGCGCGUGUGUGUGUGUGUCGGUGGCUUCCAGGAUGGAUGUGGCACCAUCGAUGGUGCAACGGUCCGGUGAUAAGCUGAUCGUACGCCGAGUGGUCAGUGGUGAACGGGUGCAUCUCGGUGAACCGGACGAACCGAUCUCGACGCUCCAUCAUCAGCAACAGGUGCUGCUGGAGCCCGGUUGGCGUCAAACGUUCGAGGAUACGUUCGGUGCCGUCGGGGGUCCGUUGGCUUCACCACCGCCCACCCAACACCCGGACGCAAUCAACGAGAUGGAUCGAGAAGAUCAACAGCAGCAGCAGCCGGUGACAGCGACGGCGAUGGCGGCACGUGAUGUGUCGCAGCAGGAUGAGCAGCAUCUACCGCAGUGCAAGAUCAAGCGCAACUACUCCUGCGGUCGCUGUACGUACUUUACGCAGAAUCCACGCAAAUACUUGACCCAUCUGCGGGAUACGCACGGCGAGAAGAUCGUGAUCAACGAGUGUAAGCGUUGUCUGUACGCUUCCCGUCACUAUCAGAAACUGGUGCGGCAUAUGAAGAUGGUGCACGGUUCGGUCGAUGGCAUCAAGAAGUCCGGUUCGUCCUUUCCUUCCACCUCCUCUUCCUCCGCCUCCUCGUACGGACACGGUGCCGGACGCCGGAAUCGUAUCCAGCGGGCUACGGGCUAUCUGGGUGCGAAUGAGGUGCUUCAUCAUCAUCAUCCUCAUCAUCAUGGAGGCAGCGGCAGUGGCAGUCCGAGUGGCAACGCCCGGUUUCUAAUGCGUGCGAACGAUGCCGAUCGCGAGCUGGCCACCGCCUACGUACAGCAACUGGUGGCAGCUUCCGGGCUGCCGAAGCUACUGGAAGAGAUGGAACGUUCCGUCGCCAGCACAUCGAUUGCAGCGAGUAAAGCAUUCGCGCGGGGUGGCGGCGGUUCCAGUGAUGCAGAGGAGUUGCACCAGCUCAACCAAAUCAUGCCAUACUCCAGCGAGACCAUCCGGGAGGCUGCUCGACGGCGGACCACCACCGCCGAUGACAACGAUGUGGGCGAUGAUGGCAAUGAUGAUGAGGACGAUGACGGUGACGGUGACGAGGAUGACGGACGGUUGGACAAUGCUGUCUCGACGGAGGAGGAAGAAGCGGACACAAAACCCAAAAAGCGACCCCGGCCAAUACCGAACCUUAUUCCGCUGAGCGCCUCCAGUACACCUGCCACCAGCGCGGCCAAGGCCACGGAGAAUCUUGGUUCGCGGAGGUUCGUCAAGCCACUGCCGCUUUCGGCGCUGACCACUGCCGCCGAGGAACCUGUCGCCGUGGCCUCCGGUGGCACCCAGAUCGUACCGACGCGCUGCGUGUACUGUGAGCUGUCGUUUAAAACGGUCGAAUCGUUGGCCAACCAUAUUAAGCUGGCGCACAAGGAGGACCUGAUAGCGGCACUGUUACAGAGUUCGUUCGAGGAGACCGAGCCGACGGUACGGGCAAGUCCCGCGGAUGGCAAUAGCACACCGACGGUCAACAUGUGGCAACGGUUGCUGGACUGUAGUGCUGAGGUGCGACGAGCGGAACUAGAGCGCAGUAGUAGUAGUAGCAGCACCACCAGCACCAACAGGACACCCGGUCAGAGUGGAAGGUCUCGAGCAGCUGCGGCGGUGACAGUAGAGGAAGGUCUCGAUGAUGAUGAUGGUGGCCGAGAAGGUGAUGAGCAUCAGCAGCAGCACCAGCAGCAGCACCAGCAACAACAGCCGCAUACACAGCAGACGUACUGUGGUGUUGAGACGGCACCCGGGUACGGUGAGGUCAUCAGCAGGGUACCGGUUGACCCCGGUACUUCGAACACGCUGAUGAAGAAGGUGUUCAAGUGUCCUCACUGUUCGUUCUGGGCCUCGACCGCAUCGCGCUUUCACGUGCACAUCGUCGGUCAUCUGAACAAGAAACCGUUCGAGUGUUCCCUGUGUGCGUACCGGUCCAACUGGCGCUGGGACAUCACGAAGCACAUCCGGCUGAAGACGAUCCGCGAUCCGAGCCACAAGAAUGCGGGCGUCCUGAUGAACGACGAAACGGGCCGCCGGAACUAUACGAAGUACAACAAGUACAUGGCGUUGAUGCAAAUCACGGACAAGUAGGAGCAGCAUCGCGGGAUGCUGCGAUCCGGAGAGUAGGAGAGAGAGUGUUUACAUUCCUUGAGGUAGCGACCAUUACCCCGUUGGUCGCAGAGAACAAUGGACGGAAAAGUUCGUCAAGACGGCAACGCCAACGGCAAUAUUACUGUAGAGGCUUUAGAGAAUCGGAAUUCUUGCGUUGCGGACGGGGACAAAACUUGGCAUAAGUACAAUGGGUCCACGAUCCCUUAAGCAGGUUCAAGAGGUUAAGUAGUAGAAGUAGACCGUCGUUUCGACCGUUGAGUCUACCAACAGUUUUAUAUAUAAAAAAAAAAGGGACAACCGACACCGAAUGUUGGUGCCCGUGGUAAUUCUGCCCGUUUCUGAUGAUACCCUUCCGCUAACCCUCUCCACCCCACCGCCCCACCGAAUAAUGCCACGCGAACAAUCGAAUCGGUUUGGUUUGUUUUUUUUUGCGAAGACAAUCGAAUCGAACGGUUCCGAAACUUUGCUCGGAACACACAUUGCCAGUUUUAUGUAAUGUUAAGGUAAGACGCUUAGGAGCGUCGCAGCAUUGGGUGCAGAGAACCGGAGGAGCAUCAUCAUCGUCGUCGUCAGGGCAUCAUCGUUAACAGUUAAUGCGCUUUAUUAGAAUGAUUGUUUUGGAUACCUUGGCACAGGGCACACGUACACCAGCAGCGCACCAGGCAUUGGAGGGGAGGGACUCCGUACUCCAGCUUGGCACCAGGGACUAGGGCAUAUGGUUUUACUUGUGUUUAAGCAGCUAGAUAUCCCACCUCCCCUCUCUCCGUCGCGGAUACCCGCGAUUUCCCAAUCACACCGAGAGCACACGGCGGCUGUAAUCGAGACACGAACCCCGUUGUGCGUUUGACGGUGUUUAGCGAACAUUACUUCGCCUUCCGCGCCGUGCCGGGCGUACUUUCGUCCCAUUUGGGUUUAUGAUACAAACGAAGGCAAUUCGGUUUAAUGUUACCUUAUUUUCCGAAGCCAUGAGGCUUUGUUUGGAGUGAUAAGACCGUGUGCACCGCGCGCGCGGCAGGUUAAUGGGACGAAUCUCACGACGACGCCGCGUUUAUUUAUCGAAUCCUCGAAUCCGUUUGGUCGGUCCUCCGCAUCCCCUUUGUUCUUCCUUUACUUAGUUAUGUUUUAACUUAGUUUGUUUUUAUGUUGCGUUAGCGUUUCUUUCUCUGUUUUUUUUUUUCGUUUCGUUUUUGUAUAACACAAUUGGGUACGUCACUUAAGGCAGCAACAAUAAAUGUUUUGUACAACUAAAUUAAGUCUCUUUUUUCUGCUAA